CCUUCGUAUCGACCGCAAUGCCGACAGGUAAGAAGAACUUCCUUGCAUUGCGUUGGUAGGUAAGUUUGGCGAGGUCUUUGCACCUUUAUAUCUCAAACUUGCUUCCGAUCGGGUUGGUCCGUCAACCGGUUUACUAUCGUUAAAGAGCUUCAUUGUUUGUUGAUAUGUAUUUAUUCGUUAUGCAUCAACUUGUUAUGUUUUAUGAGCUAAAAAUAAUUUGUUACGGAUGUUUUUGUCCGUUUCAAACAGUUGUUUAUGGACAACCGUACAUGUCAUGCAAAUCGGUAAAUAGUGUUUUGAAACAUGUUUAGCCAAGCGGUAAUACGUAUAACGUCUAAAAAUAGUAAAAAAAAUUUGGAUUAGCCUCCCUUUUUUUUUUACAUUUACAAAGUUUAAGUGUAAAAUGUUCGUGCCAAUCAAUUCGCUAAUUGGGUGUCGGGUAGUUGAUAUUGGACGAUUGCGAUUGUCGCGUGAAGUUUUUUCCCUAUAGGAUGUGGAUGUUUUAGGCGAACGACGUUUUGUGGUUGUCGACAGCAAGACCUGUUAUGUUCACGCUUGAUUUCCCGAAUGUAACCAAGAAGCAGAAGACCAGUCAUUACACCCAUUACAGGCAGCGGUCGCCAUGACACCGCAACACCUUUGGGUCCCAAAGGAAGGAAGAAAAGAAGCCGGAAAAAAGGGAAGAUGCAAAGGUACUAUGUUUUAGUUAUUCUUCGGCCGAACAACUGGCCAGACGUUUAAUCAAAAAGUUCUCGUGAAAGAAAACGAGUUAGAAGCAUGACUAGUUCUAUGAACAAAAAGCAGCUUUCCUGCUUGGUGGCUGGCCUAUGCUGCACCACUGCUCUUAUUGCUUUCUGCAUUUGGGCCGGUAUUGGCGGUUUCUUUGAAAGGUUUAGCCAUCCCGCCGAAAAAUUGAAUCGCUCUGAAAAAAAUGUGACGGAGCCGGUGAUGUCAAUCAAAGAUAGAAGAGGAUUCAUCUUUAGUCGAUCGUCCGAUCAUCCCGAAACUGUUCGAAUUGUCGCCAGUGUUGCUACAUCGAAACCGGUCCCUAUCAUACACACCAAUUCGUCAUCGCCGCGAGUUCCAUUAGCUAAAAUUCAGCGUUCGGAAACGAUGGCCACGUUAGCAAAUGAAGGAUCCAGUCAAUUGUUUCAACGGCAACAAUUCAGUCCGACUCCAAAGUCCUUUUUUGAUCUACCCGAUUCAAGAAUUUGGGGUCCUGCCUUGGUUCAGCAGAGCCGAUCUAAUAGCGACGCUGAACGAUCUGAACGUUUUUACCAACCAAUGGAUGGCACCAUCAGAAAUUGGGAUCAUGAUUCGUUUAACAUGAGCAAGCUUCUCAAUACGGUGAGCCAAAUAUUUGGGGUCGACUUGGAAGAAGAAGAUCCACACGUGAACGCCAACAGGGAUGCUGUUAGCGCAGAUCGCUCUUCCUGGGUGACGUUGAGUUAUUUGAGCCUCAGCAUCUUCCUUCUUCGUCAAAUGGAUCGUAUCCUAAAAUUGCAAUCUGAACCAUCAGAUCCUCUCCUGAUGGAGGAGCGUGGCCGGAGCAUGAACAGCGCUCUGGAACCUUGGACAUACAAUAGUCUUAACUUGCUUUUCACCGAGCCUAAUAACAAUACGGACAUCGAAGGUGUUAUCAACAAUGUUGGCGAUGAAGAUUCGGCUGAUGAUUACAUAUGGGCUGCUCAUAAUAUUCUUAGAGCAUCCAAGGACUUAAGCGGAGAAGGCUUAGACUGCAUCUGGUCUGCGUAUUGCACGGAAAUCGACAACAGGGCUUCCCUGGAUGGUGUUACGGGAGCGUUAGCCAGGAUGAAUGCAGUCGUUCUGAAAAUGGUGACCGGCUGGCUGAGUCCAUCGACCGCCGUGAUCAAAUUGAUUCGCUCUCCAUUUGACUGGAAUGGAAUUGAUUGCAACAAAUUAUUUCCAAGGUGUAAGCCAGAAGAGGCUGUAAAUUACUUGGUCCGGCUAGCGACCACUACAAGUUCCAAUUAAAAAGGGAUAUUAUAACGGUUAAAGGUAAUGGGUUUCGCAUAAACACACGAGCCAAGUUAACGUUUUAUUUGAAUUUUUUUUUUUUAACUUGUCGGUGUACGGGUUGGUGUUUUGUACCAUUCUAAUAAAUCCUGAUUAUUAAGUA